AUGGUGAGCGAUAACAAGGAAAACAAGGAGAAUACGCCACCGGUCCCUGGCAGAGGGUUGAGUUCAAGUCCAGGCGAUGGGUCUGGGCUUGGAGCAGGAGCUGGUGAACCAGAAGCUGGUUCUGGAGCUAGUGCUGGCUCAGAAGAUUCGGGACCUGGUAUGAAGUCGAACAAUCCCUUCCUUAAGCCAAAGCCUGCGCCGUUGAUGCCAGACUCCAUCGUGAAAGAACUUCCAUAUAAAACACUCAACCGAAUCAUUAACGACAUCAAAUGGACUAUUCCCUACAAGGAAUACAUAUCCCUUUUGCAACAGGGAGAAGACGCCGCUGGCCCAGUAUCCAGUUCGGCAACUUUACUCAACUCGAAGCCCAUAGAGUACUCCAAAAAGCUCUCUCAGUUGGCCAAGCUUUACCCCAACGAUCGCAUGGAUUGCAUGAUUUUGAAUAACUCAUUGAAGUAUGCCCCCAGCGUGGAAGUUGUGGAUGCAGAUGGUGACUCGUCCGGUAGAUCUAUGACCGUAUUAAGAGGCUUGUUGGUGAAUGCAGCCAAAAAGUCCGCAAAGCAGCCUGUCUUGUAUCAUUUCCAGAUUUGCAUCUUAGAAGUAAAGCCGUCAGCCAACAGCAAUGUCAUACAGACUCCGGUGGAUAAGAGAGCCUACCACAUCAUUCCUAAAGCCAUUAUUCCUCAAGAAGCAGUGGACUACUUUGAGCCGUAUUCUUCCGCACCAGACUCCGUCAUAGAUGAUGCCUUUUUCAAAGCUUCCAACCUGCCAAACGACCACUUCAUUCGAACCACAGUAUUCCAGGGAGAGUUUCUGCACGCUGAUUUCAACCCACUCUUCAAUCAAGAUAUUAUUAAGUCCAGAUACCUUAAAGCAGUCUCAAAGUACCCACAGGCCAACUUGUCCCCUGAAACGAUCCCCAACUCAAUAAAUUGCUUCAAUACCUUGUUGAAAGUGUUGAGGGGUCCCUUGCUUAUUGGACCAGGGGAUCAAAUGAAAACUAUUAACCUAAACAACCCAUCAUUGAACUCUCAAAUUGAUAUACAAUUGCUUUUCAAUAAGCUUUCGUUCACUAUAAAUGAAGAGGAAUUGAUUCCACCAAACCUUUUGGGGGAUCAGAUUUUGAGGCAAAGUUACAUCAGAAAGAUUUUGGAAAUCAUAUACAUAGCACACAAUCUUAGUGGAACAGGUUCAGGAGCAGUGAACGAUUUUGCCAGCUCUAUUUCCUUUAGCAACAACCUUUCACUAGUUUACCGUACUUUCAACGAAGUAAACCAGCACCUCUGCUCUUCAUUUGGAAAUAAUGAAGUGGACAAUCAACUCCCUUACCUUAUCGACUUGAGCGUCUGUGCAUUUUUCCAAGAUGAAAUGAUAAUAAGAAGUUUUGAAAAUACUUGGAAAUCAGAUAAAGUUAAUAAGCUACAGUAUAUUGACUCACUAAAGGAAUUGAUUCAGUUCAGAACAACGCUGUCCAACUUAAGGACUAGUAAAUUGAAUACAUACUUCCAAACCAAUGGUCUUCAUGGGAGACAAGACUACAUAAAUGCGUUGAAGGCAAUUGGGAUCGUAGGUAUUCCAGGAGAUGAUUUAAGUAAAGUUGAUGACGAUUUCAUCGUCGCAAUGUACUUAACUACUUUCAAAAAUGACCCCAAAAAUUACACAUAUUUCAAUAAGAACCUUCAAACGAUUCAAGAAAUAAGAUCUUCGGAAGUGAUUAAAAGCUUCCUUGAAAAUGAAAUACUACCUUUAAAUAUCGCAUUAGCAGAAUUAAGUAUUGAAGAAGUUACUGAAGAUGAAGUGGUUAUUACGGCCUAUGAAUUCAAAAGAGAAGAUUUAAUGUCCAGCGGCGGUUCCAUCGAUGAAAUCAAGUAUUUUGAUAAAGCUCUCUUGUCAGUAGCAGUUAAUAGAAAGAGUUAUCUCUUGAUGAAUUACAUCGACGAUAAUAUGCCCAGCUUAUUGAAGGAAUAUAAUAGUACUGCCACCACAGCGGAUUGCUUUGCCAACUUGGGAUGCUCACCAAAUAGCAACGACUUUGAAAUCAUACUUGCCUUUCAAAAGAAAUUACUUGAUACUAAUAGUGAUAUUAGAAACUUGAGGCAAUACCUCAAAAUCAUCAUAGAAAGUAAGAAAUCGAAAUUGUUAGAGAGAUUUUUGUCAACAGGACAGAUCGAUGUUUCGUUACUCCCUGCAGAAAAUUGGCCAGCCGGAUUGGACAAUAUUGGUAAUACGUGUUAUUUGAAUUCAUUAUUACAAUAUUAUUUCGUCUUAAAGCCAUUGAGAGAGAUGAUAUUAGGGUUCAAUGAAAAUGAGGAAAUAAAUCAAGAAAGUGAUAUUGUAAGGAAGAUUGGGGGAAGAAUUGUUGAAAAGAGUGAAACUGUAAGAUCUAAUCAAUUCAUUUAUCAAUUGCAAGCUUUAUUUCACGACAUGAUACACAGCGAGAAAAGAUGCGUACAACCAAGUAAAGAGUUAGCCUUUUUAGCAUUUUCCCCGUCGUCCCAGCAAGUAACCUUUACAGAUGGAAACAAAGAAGGCGAUUCGCAUGAUAUUGAAAUUUUAGAUGCAGAAAAUGAUGGUGAUGUUGACGAUGAUGUUGAAAUUUUGGACACUAGUCCAAUUAUGGUUUCUUCUCAAUCUCCGUCACCACCUCCACUUAUACAAGACGUUGAUGAAAUGGAUGUUGAUAGUAUUGAAGUUUCAGAGCCAAAUAAGGAGGUAGUAAAGGAAAUAGAGAAAAACAAGAAUGGAAGCAAGAUUCUUACUAUUUCAACUGAUACAAUGGAUUCCACUAUUGAAAUGGGAAGACAGCAGGAUGUAACUGAAUGUAUUGAAAAUGUGACCUUUCAAAUUGAAUCCGCCUUGAAACCAGAAAAGUUAGAUAGUGAUGGUGAACAGUAUGAUCUUAUCAAAAAGCUAUUCUAUGGAAAGACCAAACAGAAAAUCACUCCAUUGAACCCUGACUCUACGAACAAGGAGAGAACUUCAAUUGAAAGGUUUUCUUCAUUGAUUAUCAAUGUUAGUGAUCAUCCAAAAGAUAUCUAUGAUUCCUUGGAUAACUACUUCAGUGAAGACUUAGUUAAAUUGGAAGACGGUGAAGUAAAAAAAUCUUUAACUAUCUCAGAAUUGCCAGAGAUUUUACAAUUCCAUGUGCAAAGAGUUUUGUUCGACCGUGAAAAGCUUAUGCCUUACAAAUCUUUAGAGCCAAUCCCAUUUAGUGAGAAGAUUUAUGUGGAUAGGUACUUGGAUACUGAAGACCCAGAAAUCUUAAAGAAGAGGAACGAGGUGUUCAAAUGGAAGUAUGAAAUCAACGACUUAUUGGAGAAGAAGGAAAAGGUAACCAAAAAGGAAAGUGGCUCGCAGAUGACUAUUAUUGAUACAUUGUUAACUGCUAAUAGAUACUUGCGUCAAAGGUUGGAGCUGCAAAAGGAGAAUGUCAGCGAAGGUGGAGUUGACAUGGAAGUGGAAGUGGAAGGUGAAGAAAAAUUCAUUAAUGAAGAGAAUCAAACCUCAGAAGAUAGAGUUGCUCCUGAAGUUGGAGAAGCUACUACUGAAGGUGAGCAAACUGAGGAGAAUCUAGCUACUCCACAAAUUAUUAACUCUAUAGAAAACAAGAUUAGCGAGCUCAGACAGGAAGUCAAGGAUAUUGAUAGCAAACUUUUAGACCUUAAAGAAAAGGUAUCCAACCAAUUUAAAGAUUAUAAUCAAGUUGGAUACUCUGUCUUUGCCAUUUUCAUACAUCGUGGGGAAGCAAGUUAUGGGCAUUAUUGGAUCUACAUUAAGGAUCCUCAACGUAAUGUUUUCAGGAAGUAUAAUGAUGAAACUGUGACUGAAGUACCAUUCAGUGAAGUUAUGAAUUUCGAAGAGGGAAACACUGCCACUCCGUAUUACAUUGUCUAUGUGAAAGAUCUGCUUGAAGAGGAGUACAUUCAACCAUUGAAGAGGAAUAUCACCAAAAAUUGA